AUGCGCCCAUCACUCGUCUCCGCCUCUACUGCUCUUUCAUUUAGCUACAAGUAUACCUGUCUAGGCCGGCGAAUCAGUCGCUGUCUCUCUAGUGCAGCUGCGCCGUUCCUUUACGAAACGGCUGUACAGGUUCCCGUUGGCAGCAAUGGAAAUGUCACCUUAACUGUCCUAUCUCCCAAGGAGAAACCCACGCCCAAUGGCUCGAAUCUCAUCCUCUACCUCCCUCCGGGCCCGCUAUUUGACCGAUCACAACCCUCCACGGGCUAUGGCUCUACGGGUACAGCGGGCACAUCAAACAGUUCCAGCAUAACAAAGCAGUGUGCGCCCACACUUUUACCAGAAGAGAAUCUGGCGAUAACUACCCUCUCUACUACUGUGGUGGUAAAAUACCGUCUUGGAAGAAUACAGGCGGCUGGAAUCCGAAAGACUUACAGGUAUCCUACGCCGGUACACGAUACGUUAGCUGGACUGGACUGGGCAAGGAACGAGUUUCAGCCAGAUAAUGUCUUUGUUUUUGGGAAGCAUAUUGGUGGCUCUUUAGCGGUUAUGCUGGCGCUGACUGAAGCUCGAGCACUCAAGGGCGUUGCUGCAGAGGAGCCGGUUUGUGAUUGGGUUGGCUUGGAUGAUUACUGCAUUACAGAUAUUGAAAACGCAGCACAAGAUGCGGAGAAGCCAGGAACGGGACUGGAAAAAGAAUCAUCACGGAAACGCGGCCGAAAGAAAAAGGAACCCCUACCAACACCGGUAGACCUUGUUCCUCUGCUAGAUGCAAGGCGCAGGCUCUUCCCAACUCCGGAGAAGUACUUUGAUUCUUUUGCGUCGCCGACUCUUUUCCUCCGAACCUCUGGAAAAUAUAUACCCUUGACAUUUCCGGUGUAUUUGACAGGACCAGAGUAUCCCACGCCUGUGCUGAAACGGCAGCCCAGAACGGAAGCUGACGCGUUAUACAUGACGGACUUACUUGCGUCGUCACCAUCUCCCAGCUCAACGGGUACGGAUGGAAACGUAAAGUCGGCCGACAAUGAAUCGUCGCUCACUUCGCUGAUUAAACCUGUACGUAAACGAAAAGUGUUAUCACGCUGGCCGCCUUCAGGGCUAGAUUAUGGGCUGGAAGCCUAUGAGGCGCGGCACAGGUGGCUGAAGCGGGAGGAGACGGUGCUCCCGGAUGUCCGAAUAUUCGUCCACGACGAAGACCUGUAUGCGGCGGAGGAGAUGGAAAAUCAGGACACAGCUACAGGCCUGGACGACAGCCAAAGCGAGGACGAUAUGAAUGUUCAGAUGGAACGUUUGAAGCUGGAUGAAUGUUCAGAUGGGACUAGGAAGACAGCUCAGAAUCCUCAAUCCGAGCGCAAACCACGGUCAUUCAUUCGUUUCAGGGGAUCGCUUCGAAGCAUAAGACCAAUAAAUGGCAGCACAGUGCUAGCUCGCCAGGGAAAAGAGAUGGUCUCACUAAUGCAUAAUGCCUGUUUUUGGAAAAGAGAAAAGGGGACUGCUGAACGAUGUGUAAAGCUGGUUCCAAUCUUAGCUUCUGAUGCAAGCCAUAUAUCUAACUCUUCAGAGGGUGGCACUGCGGGUUACAUCCCUGAGCCGCAAGAUCCGGUUGAAGUACGGGCUGGCCAUCGGUUUAUGGAACUUAUACAAGAGAAUAAACGAAAGUAG